AUAGUUGCUUAAUAUGUGGUAGAUAAAGAGAAAAAAGUCUGAUUUCUGGAAGUAAAUGAAUCAUUUUAUUAAAAGGAAGCUGCAUUUUUAAACAAUAUUUCCAAGACUCAAUAAUAAAGACGCUUCUGGUAAAUGUGAGAAGAUGGUAUUAAAAGAGAUUCCAACAGACAAUAUCACUCGCCCUUUGGGCCGGAAUGAGGUCAUAGGUUUACUCUUCCGCCUCACAAUAUUUGGUGCUGUCACUUAUUUUACAAUAAAGUGGAUGGUUGAUGCUAUUGAUCCAACAAGAAAACAGAAAGUCGAGGCACAAAAACAGGCAGAGAAACUCAUGCGGCAGAUUGGAGUGCAGAAUGUGAAGCUUUCUGAAUAUGAGAUGAGUAUUGCUGCUCAUCUUGUGGAUCCGUUGACUAUGCAGAUUACAUGGCAUGACAUUGCAGGUCUGGAUGAAGUCAUAACUGAACUGAAAGACACUGUUAUACUUCCGAUCCAGAAGAGACAUCUGUUUGAAGGAUCCAGACUUCUUCAACCUCCCAAAGGUGUGUUGCUGUAUGGGCCUCCAGGCUGUGGGAAAACUCUUAUAGCCAAAGCUACCGCCAAAGAGGCUGGAUUCCGCUUCAUCAACCUGCAGCCUUCCACUCUCACUGACAAAUGGUACGGAGAGUCCCAGAAACUAGCCGCAGCCGUGUUUUCUCUGGCCAUCAAGCUACAGCCCUCUGUUAUCUUCAUCGAUGAGAUUGAUUCCUUCUUGAGGAAUCGCUCAAGUUCAGAUCAUGAGGCCACUGCCAUGAUGAAGGCUCAGUUCAUGAGCUUAUGGGACGGGCUGGAAACUGACUACAACUGCCAGGUCAUAAUAAUGGGAGCCACCAAUCGGCCACAAGAUCUUGAUUCUGCUAUACUCCGAAGGAUGCCUACAAGAUUUCACAUCAAUCAGCCGAAUAUAAAGCAGAGGAAAGACAUAUUGAAACUGAUCCUGGAGAAUGAAAAUGUGGAGUCUGCCGUGGACUUUGGUGAAAUUGCCAAAAAGACUGACGGCUUCUCAGGAAGUGACCUCAGAGAGAUGUGCCGAGAUGCUGCUCUGCUUUGUGUGCGUGACUUUGUGCACCAAGAAAGUCCGGUGGAAGACUUCAUCCGCCCAAUAAGGCAGGAAGACAUGCAGAGGGCAAUCGAGAAGAUGAAGAAGUCCAAAUCUGCAGGAGUGCAAGAGGCGUUUAUGCACGUACCACUGGACUGAAUGUGAUGCUGCUGUUUUAAAAGAACAUGAAACUAAAUUUGGUCUGUUUUUCUUUUUUUGUGGCAUAUCAUGUCAUGUUUUGUAAAAGGGGGAACUCAGGAUUUAUAAAUGGUGGAAUGGAGGCUUUUUUCUCUAAUCAUCUUUUUUUUUGCACUGUUAUUUAGAUAUUCUGUUUUUGCCAUUCAAUCAAUGAGCCUUAUUCACACACAAAAAUAGAGUAAA